GUCCACCCGGUGCACAUCCUUCCGUCAUUUGACGAGUGGUUUCCGAGCUCCCCGUUCAAGCGGAAUACUGCAUUGACAAUUAUUGCAUAACAUGGGUGAGCCAUCGAAUGCUAUACUAGCUGCUCGCCGCGAAGCGCUCGUAGAAGUCGAGGGAAGCAAAAUACGUUAUGUGAUGUUUCGAGGUGUUGAUGGGCUGCGUACCCUGGAAAACAUUCUGGAUUAUAACUCAUGCCGUCAUAUAUAAUCAGAGGUAACCCUCAUACACAGCUUGCUGCUUUUGUCAGAUUACCAUCACUAUCUAGACCCCCACUAUAGAUUUCUGCCAUGUCCCCAUUACACGAUGCAGCACACUCUGUGAGCGACCUCCCAGUUGCUUCAUUACAUCCAGUCACGACCCUUGUUUAUUCCCCUCCGUAUGAUGUGCGCGGGAGGCAGCAACAAUUCAUCGAAACCGCGCAGCAGAGGAAGGACCGGGUUGAGUUUUCGAAAAAGAAAGAGUGGGCGCGUCACGUUGCUGAGUGGAUUCGAGCGAUUGGUGCACGACAGAAUAUGACCUUUGGCUGUUCUGGUAGGCUUGCAGCAUCACCGAUGCCAGAGAAUGGCGAUAUCGCCCGCUUGACUGCUUCUGCGUCGUCCCUCUCUCUAUCAUCGAGCGAGGAAGAGGGAGAACCAUACAUCAUUUAUAGUUCAUCUGCGUCAUCUUCCAUGUCGUCCUUAUCCAGCGACUUGUCUAUUUCCUCAGUAUCCACCUCGCACACGUCAAACAUUAUCUACCCACUGUCAAACUCCAUACCCCAUCCCCCCAAGCGCAUCUACUGCCAUCGUAGGAGUAACGCGAGUCUCAUGUCUCCACGUCGCCGACCUUCAUUGUCCAGUAUUCACGAAGUUCCGGAAGAAGACUGAUUCGUAUCGGAAUAGUUGGACUCAUCGGGAGGAAGUGUUCAAGCUGAGAUCAAACUGGUGCCAUCUAUCUCUUCUCAGGUGUUUCGUGAUAUUACGACGAUCCUGUUGCCCUCUGCUCCUUUCAGGUUGUUCUUUAACGCACAUGCUCGACCAAUCAUACUUAAUCUUCAAACCUAAUGAAAAACAUUUGAUUAUAUAGAUUGUGCAAUAGUACAUUUUCACAAUGCUAAUUUAUUCAAGGCGGCG